AUGGUCAAGAUGAGAGCCCAGGAGGGCCUCCACACCUCCCCAGUGCCCAAGCGCAUAGUGGUGGUGGGAGCUGGCAUGUCAGAGCUGACUGCAGCCAAGGCCCUGCAAGAUGCGGGCCAUCAGGUAACCAUCUUGGAAGCCAGUGACCCUGUCGGGGGUCGAGAGAUGACAUUCAGGAACGAGAAGGAGGGCUGGUACUAUGAACUGGGGCCCAUGCGGAUCCCAAAGUGCCACAGGUUGGUCCACACCUAUGUCAGGAAGCUGGGCCUGAAGCUAAACAAGUUCCUCCAGUACAAUGACAACACCUGGUACUUCAUCAACAGAAAACGCUACCGCGCCAGGGAGAUUAAGGCCAACCCAGAGCUUCUAGGCUAUUCCAUGAACCCAAGAGAAAAGGGCAAGAGUGCUAUAAAUCUCUCCUACCAGUCCAUUGGCAAGGUGACUCCUGCCUCCCCCCUCUCCCCAUACCCCACCACCACCCCCGGGGUCAGGAAAACACAGCUCAAAAGCCUGAAAGAAUUAAACUGCAGCCACCUGAUGUCCUUUUACAAUUCUUACUCCACCAAGGCUUACCUGCUGAAGGAAGGGAUGCUGGGCCGAGGAGCAGUAAAGAUGAUCGGGGAUGUAAUGAAUGAGGAUGCUGGAUACUACAAGUCCCUUCUGGAGUCCCUUCAGGUUGACAUGAUCUUCACAAGUAAUGACUUUUCCGAGAUCACCGGUGGCUUUGACCAGCUCCCCAAAGCCCUCAACGCCAGCCUGAAGCCUGGCACCAUCCGUCUGGGCUCCAAGGUGGAGAAGGUAGUGAGAGAUGGGCCUGAGGUUCGGAUUUCCUACCAGACGGGCGAAUCCAGCUCUACCCUGCGCACCCUCACCGCAGACUUUGUCAUCAUCUCCGCCUCAGCCAAGGCAACGCAUCUCAUCACCUUUGAGCCCCCGCUCUCGCGAGACAAGAUGGACGCGCUCGGCUCAGUGCAUUAUACCAGCGCCAUCAAGGUGGUUCUGGCGUGCAACGAGUCCUUCUGGGAGCGGGACGGCAUCCAGGGCAGGGUCUCCAUCACCGACCUGCCCUCCCGCUACAUCUACUACCCCAGCCACCGCCUCCCCAGCGGCAAGGGUGUCCUGCUGGCCUCCUACACCGUGGAAGACGAUUCCCUCUUCUUCAUAUCCAUGAAGCAGGACCAGGUGGUGGAUAUCGUCCUGAGGGAUCUGGCGGCGGUGCACCAGAUUCCCAAGGAGGAGCUGCGGCGCAUGUGCCCCUCUUCUGCGGUCAAGCACUGGUCUCUGGACCCCCUCUUCAUGGGCGCCUUCACUGAGUUCACACCCUAUCAGUUUGUGGACUAUUCGCAGCAACUUUUCCAGCCAGAGGGCCGCAUACACUUUGUUGGCGAGCACACCUGCCUGCCCCACGCCUGGAUAGACACAGCCAUCAAGUCCAGCCUCCAGGUAGCCCAGAACAUUCAGGCUGCCGUGGACAAAGAGAACACCGAGAGAUAG